AUGGCGGUGAGCGCGGAGAUUUGAGUGUGGUGCCUCGAGAGGCGAGGAGAGCACAGGGGCGUGUGUUUGUGUCCGCGUGUGAGCGUGUUUUUUUCGUCCCGGCGUUCAGUUUUGGCCACCGCCGCAGCCGCCACUUCUUCUUCGUUUCGCCAGUCCUCCGACGGCAAAAAGACGGAAUGGCGUCGACGUCGACGGCUCUUGUGCCACCGACGCCUCCAGAGGCUGUCAGGAACUUCCGAGCUCGCUUCAUCGCCAAGUGCAUGCCGGAGAACGUAGGGACCACAGAGACCGACGGCAGCGAGUUGUACAAGGUAAUCCUGGCCUUCUGUAGAGACUGCACCCCCUUUGAAGGAAGUCAGUAAUAACCGUAUCGAUUUUUCUUGAGCUGGGGAUUGGGUACAUCUUUGAUGAUUAUUUUACAAUGUACAGCCUUUAUUUUGGAAAAGGUGGGAAUAAAAAUCAGGAAAUUACAAAAAAAGCUUAUUGGAUUUUUAUUGAAAGGACUCUGAGAAAUGACGCCGUCAAAAAUAUCUUAUUACAGAUUUUGCGAUCGAUUGCCGUAAUAGAAGCGCAAAUGUAAAGUUAUUUUCUACUUUGCCGUAGAACUUACUUUACUUUCCUUCCUUUAGAAAUGUUUAUGAAAGGGAUUCAAUCUGGAAUAGUUUAGAAAUAUUCAAUCAUUAAGCGUUAUUGAUUUUUAGAAGUUUCAUGAUUUUAGACGAUUAACAGCGGCAAGGAGAUUGACAGAACUCAGCUCAUCAACUAUUCAUGGCAAUACUCGAUCCCACAGAACUUGCGCCUCCUCGUUUGGAAGCUUCUUCUCGGUUUUCCAUAUAUAUCAUUCUCUCAGAAAGCUGAAUUCAGGAAUUUUGAGCGAAAAUCUGGAUAUCCGCGAGAUAUUGGAACGGGAUAGAAAACUGGAGGUUCUCAACUGAGUGAAGAACUUUGGAAAAAGUUUAUUUUUAAAGGCGGAAACUUAUUUUGACGGACUGCGCUCGUGGCGUCGGAACGAAGGAGCCAGGCUUGAAUCCGAAGCGACGCCCACAACUUCCGACAUUUCUUCGUGAGGAUCUUUUUCCACCAAAUAUAGAAUCUUCACGAAAUUUUCGAAAGAUUUUUCUUCCAUGUCAUGCGAAAUUUUCUUCCUGAGAAUUAAAGAGAACGCUUGCUUUCAAAACUAUUGAAUAAUCAAACAAGGUAGUAUUAGGUUUUAGUUUAUGUUCUUUCUGGGUUUUUUUGACGUCUAUUUUGUUCCUGGUGAGAACUUCACACAAAAAAUGAAAACUUUGUAUGUUGCUUUUUACGAAAAAAAAAAUUGCUCAACACACGUGGGGACAAGAUAUUCGAAAAGGACACUGAUCCAGGAAUUUUUGUCUUUUUUUGAUACUAAUUCGCAGUAGAACAUGAUAGGCACUACAGUAACCCAGAAGAAAUGAGAUAUAAUCAGAACAGAGAGGAAAUUUGACGCGAUAACGUUCCAACCGGUAACCUCCUACCGCCGAAAUCAAAUUGAUGUGCGAAAUGAUUACUUUGAAAAAAAAAGAAACUGGUUUCAGGAUGAUUCUCCUGUCGCAGAACCGUCUGUGCGACGAUCGAACUCGUCACCAGAGUCGCUGUAUGCGUGUUGAGGCGGUUCGUUGCGUCGAGAAGAGUACACUUUGAGAAAAGAAAGCUUCCAUUCCGAUUCUGAGCAGUGAAAUGGAGGAAAAAAUAACCUCCAAAACAUUUAAAAAAAGGGGAUUUUUAGUUUUCUUCUGUAGAAUCCUUUCGAGAGUUUUGAAAGCUUAAUUUUCAUGUUAAAUUAUUUUAAACGCAUUCUCUCACACUGCGUAAGUAUUACAAGGUUUUGGAAGUACUUAAGCCUAAUUUAUCCUAUUAUUUGAUUGGUAGGAAACAUUUUCAGCUCGUCGCCAAGGUAGAGACAAUCUGUCGCGAUUGCUGGUACUCAACGUUCGCCAUUUCCAAACGUCUCGUCGCCCUGAUCGAGAGCAAUUUCCCGCCGAAAAUGCUUCUGUUCGCCGUUCAAGAAGUUUCUUUCGAGCAUAUUCCGUUGUUUCAUUGUGUUAUGUUCGAAGAUUGGGGAAAGUCUCAACUCGUUGAAUCGAAACAAGGAAAAGGCCGACCGACUGCCCGAUUUCACUACGUCGACCUAUGCAGCGGUGAGAUGGCGGCUUUUGAAUGAUUUUUUGGAUUCUCGCAAUUUUGAAUGGAAAAUUCAUUAAGAAUUUCUCAAAAACUGCAAUAGUUUGAAAUCGUUAACGCUAUCGAUUUUUCUGUAUCAAAAAAGUUACAGGACAUCGAAAUGUUCUUGCUUUCUGGUGGCUGCGCUUUGCUGAAGAGUGACCGCGCCGCCCAUUUGUUCGUUUUUUUUUUUCAAUCUUCGAUAGAGCUGAUAUUUUUGUUCCAUUCUUUGAUUUUUGAAAUGGAUAUUCAGGCUUUUGGACAAAAUCUGUACUGGUCGGAACGUCGCUCUUUUGAUUGUCACGUUUGUCUCGGAUUAUAUGGCUCUUCAAGUGAAGUUCGACGUUGAGGUUUGUCUUCUCUUUCGAGUUGAAAAAUUAUUUUUCAUAAAUUAGAAAUGAGGGGUUUGAACAAGGGCAGGGAUUGAAAAUAUCAAAAAAAAAAAACAAAAUUCUGAUAAGCAAAAUUCGGUAAACUGUCUUAACCUUGUGAGAUUUGAAAACAGCAAACAGAUUAUCGUAAGAAAAUGUAAAUUGGGCCUAUGGCUUAUGAAUAUCUGAUUAAAGAAACGACGUAGUAAUACCGGAGGCUUUAGCCGAAUUUUUCUAACCGAGUAAGCAAGAGAAAAAGCUUUUUUAAAUAAGGAAGCUGUUCAGGCGGAGAAGCGCCGGAUGACGGAGGAGAACGAGUGCAAACUGGUGCGGCACGUCAUCGAGAAGGUCGUUCAGACCAACAACGGCAAGUACCGCGGAGUCCGCUGCGAUUCCAAGUUCACCUCGGCCCUCCCCUGA